CAUUCCCGAGUCAACCUCGAUGCCCUCUCUCUCUCACUCACUCACGUGGCGUCGUUAGGGCAACAGCCCUGGACCAAUCCAAUCACAGACCCCCACACUACACCAUUCCCAGUCUCUCCUCCAGAAGCUGGAUGGUCUGAAUAACGAGCCUAACGAGCCUAACGAGCACAACAAUCGCCUAACGGGCCUAACGAGAGUGAUAUUGAUGAAGGAAUCGGUUGAGCUUUUCUGCGAGCAGGGAACUGCUCUCCCGUACUUUGUUUGGAUCUUCAGAAGCCCCUCCAACCAGGAAUUAAAGACAUUCAGAAGGUAAACAACUCAGUCUGGAGGAGAAGAGGAGGAAGAAAUAAUUUCCGUCUAAUUCCUGGCGGCUGGAAUUGGGAUCUGUUUUACCCCGGAGCUCAAAGAAAGAAGAAAGAAAAAAAAAAGUAGACUUUUGCAUUUUAUUUUUCGAAAGACUACUUCAAACGAAGGACCAAAGAAGAUUGGAAGAUUGCGUUUUUUCCAUAUCCUUUAUAUUAGACUAUUCUCCGGGCGGAAGGCAAACUCUCCGAGCAGAGCAGAUGUUUCUGUUGCCGAGCAGCCCGCGGUGCAGGGUGCGGUCGGACAGCGUGAGCACCUCGGCGACCCAGGGCUCCAGCAGCAAGAUGCUGCUCCGCCAGCGGCUCACCCAGCUGCUCACCUGCGUGGAGGACAUGAGCUCCGACGAGGAGGCCAGCGAGGAGAUGUCCCGCACGCUGGACGAGGCCUUCCAGCUCUGUGGACGCUUCCUCCCCACCGACGCCUUCAGGUUGUACAUGGUGACGUGGAACGUGGGGACCGCAGAGCCUCCUCCAGACGUGGACUCCCUGCUGCAGCUGGACGCCCAGCCCCCCGUGGACCUCUACGUGAUUGGUCUGCAGGAGGUGAACUCUAACCCACUGAGGUUCAUCUCAGACAUGAUGGCGGAGGACUCCUGGAGCCACAUGCUCAUGAACACAAUGGCACCCAGAGGCUACGUCAAGAUGACAUCAGUGAGAAUGCAGGGCUUGCUGUUGUUAUUGUUUUGUAAACAAGCACAUGUUCCCUUCAUAAGAGACAUACGGACCACAUACACUCGCACUGGCAUCUUCGGCUACUGGGGCAAUAAAGGGGGCGUGUCAGUUCGUUUCUCCUUUUAUGGUCACAUGCUGUGCUUCCUGAACUGCCACCUGGCCGCUCACAUGAACUACGCCCUGCAGCGCGUCGACGAGUUUGAGUACAUCCUGGACACACAAGACUUUGAGGAGGACACGCCGCACGUUCUGGACCACAAGGUGGUCUUCUGGUUUGGAGAUCUGAACUUCCGCAUCGCCGAUCAUGGCAUGCACUUCCUCCGCUCAUCCAUCAACAGUGAACGCUACAACCUACUCUGGCAGAAGGACCAGCUGUUGAUGAUGAAGAAGAAGGAGGCCUUCCUCCAGGAGUUUGACGAGGGGCCGCUGUGCUUCAAGCCCUCCUACAAGUUUGACCGCAACGGAGACACCUACGAUACAAGUGGUAAGAAGAGGAAACCGGCGUGGACCGACCGCAUCCUGUGGCGCGUCAAACCAAAAACCCUGGCUCCAGAGGAUGACGACGAUAGCGUCUCGACUCUCACGGAUGAUGGACAUGAGGACUACCCAAUCCAAGUCCACCAGGACAACUACACCAGCAACAUGAGCUACGGAGUUAGCGACCACAAGCCUGUGUUAGCAUCCUUCAGACUAGAGUUGAGGAAGAAGUGUGAAUUGGCGCUGGUGCACGUGAGCCCUGAGGAUGCGUGGAGCGCCGACUGUAACGCCACGCUGAGCUACACGGUGCAGGAGGACUUCCUGUCCUCCACAUGGGACUGGAUUGGUCUUUAUAAGGCGGGAUUCAAGCACGCUUCAGAUUAUGAGGCCUUUGUCUGGGUUAGGGAUAUCGAUCUGCCUGAACUCGACGAAGUCAUUAAGAAAACUUGGGAUAAGGACCAGAUCCCACUACUGGGAGGAGAAUAUGUCUUAGGAUACUUUAGCACAAACCUGCAGAGUCUGGUUGGAUUGAGCAACAACUUCCAGAUCUUGGAGUCUAAACGAGCCCUAAUGGAAGGACUGGUUCCAGAAAACAUCAACGGGCUCAACAAAUAAACGUUGUUGACACAACGUUCAGAAUAUAGCAGACUACAUUGUCCACCAUGUCCGUUCUUCAACAUCUAUGGGUUCAGUAAUGUGAAAUAGAAACUACAAGGCCUACUGUUGCCUUAACAUCCUCCAGAGAUCAUGUUUCUUUGUUUGUCUGCAUUUUAUAAUCUGUGUGCAUCAGUUUAUCUGACAAUAAUGUAUCUGUAUGCUAUUUGACUUUCACAUAAGGUCUAUUUGAUUUGUGUCUGUCACAGGCAUUGACAAGGUGUAUUUUAUAUGACUUGUCUAUCCUGCCACUCUCCUAUAUGCAUAUCAUGGCCCAAAAGUUUGGUAACUGCUCUAAUAUAAUCUAACAAGCAUCAGAGUAAUCAAUUAAUCAGAAAGCCAUUAGCUACACCUGUAAUUUCUGCUAUCAAAUAUCUUUAAAGUGUAAUAAAAACGAAAGGCCCAAUUUUAGUCAAAUAAUGCUCUCUGUGCUCUCUGAGUUUAUAGAAACCGGGUCAGCAUUAUAGCUGAAGGUGAAAAUAACACAUAUGAGAAACAAUAUGGUUACUCCUCACUGUCAUCAUGCAGCAAAUACUGACCUACUGUACAACUGUUAUAAAUAAUGGCCAUCUCUAUAUAUAUGCUGAUUUUUACUGAUGAAUAUAUUUACUUUUUCAAUAUUCGGGGUAUGGUGAAGAAGAGAAUAAAGAAGAAAAUACAUUAGAUAAAACAAAUGCAUGCACUGAUUUUCUCAUCAAGAUUGUUUGUCAGGAAAAAUCAAAAUAAAUGUGUCUUGGAUUUGCUAA